AUGGUAAAAAUUGCUCUUCGAGUUCUUACCCGUCCUGUGCCAGACCAAUUACCUACAAUUUAUCGAACUCUUGGUGAGAACUAUAAUGAAAGAGUCCUGCCUUCAAUCAUUCAUGAAACUUUGAAAGCUGUGGUUGCACAGUACAAUGCAAGCCAGCUCAUUACUCAGAGGGAGAAUGUUAGUAGGGAAAUACGGAAAAUAUUGACAGAAAGGGCGGCUAACUUCAAUGUUGCACUGGAUGAUGUGUCUAUUACUAGCCUGACUUUUGGGAAGGAGUUUACAGCUGCAAUUGAAGCUAAGCAGGUAGCCGCACAAGAAGCUGAGAGGGCCAAGUUUGUUGUGGAAAAAGCGGAGCAAGACAAACGAAGUGCUAUUAUCAGGGCACAGGGUGAGGCCAAGAGUGCCCAGCUGAUCGGUCAAGCCAUUGCCAACAAUCCAGCAUUUAUCACACUAAGGAAAAUUGAAGCGGCGAGAGAAAUUGCACACACAAUAUCAAAUGCUGCCAACAAGGUUUUCUUGAAUUCAGAUGAUCUGUUGCUGAACCUUCAGGAGCUGCAUUUGGAGAGCACCAGCGGGAAGAAAUAA